AUGGGUAUAAAUAUGGCAAUUGAUUUGGGUGUUCAAGAAUUGAUUGUGUUGGGAGAUUCUUAUAUACUUAUUCGACAAGCUCAAGGUGAAUGGAAAACUCGAGACCUCAAGUUUCUUUCAUACAAACAAUGUGUGGAAGAUCUUAGAAUUUUUUUUAGAUCCAUCGAGUUUAGAUACAUCCCCAGGUUUCAUAAUGAAUUGGUAGAUGUCUUGGCUACUUUGUUCUCAAUGCUUCCAUAUCCUGGAAACACUUGCAUCACUCCCUUGAAGAUUCAAGUUCGGUACCAACGUGGCUAUUGUAACACAGUGAAGGCAGAAUCGAAUGGUGAACCAUGGUACCUAGACAUCAAGAAUUUCUUGCAGAUAGGGAAAUGUCCCGAACAUGCCAAUAGAAGCCAAAAAAGAAUUAUUAGACGUCUGGCCAAUGGUUUCUUUUUUAGCGGGGAAAUUUUAUAUAAAAGAACCCCGGAUCUGAACUAG